CUUGGAGGGGAGGACAGAGGCCCCGGAGAGCCGGAGACCAACGCCCGCGUCCCGCCUCUGGGUCCUGCGCCUUUAAGAACUCCUCCUCUGAGCAGUGCCCACCGAGGGAAGGGCGGUGCUGCCCCUCCGAGGCGCCUUCAGUCUUCCCCCGAGCAGGGGCUGGGCUGCGGAGCCUUAAGCGGCGGCCGGGGGUCCCGUGCGCCUGGAGAGUCCCGCGGAGAGCUGCUUUGGCGGACUCCCGGCGUCCGGAGGGCGGCAAGCCGGGUUCCAGCCUGUCCUCCCUGCCAUGGCUCCCCCGUGGCCCCCCAACGGGACGUGGCCGGGGGCGGCAGAGCAAGCGGCCUUGGGGGGCAACGGCACCAAUUGCUCUGGGGCGGAAAGCAGCCUCAGCCGGCAGGGGGCGCUCGGAGCAGCCCUCAGCCUGGCCGUGCUGGUGACGGUGGCCGGCAACCUGCUGGUGGUGGUGGCCAUUGCGAAGACCCCCCGCCUGCAGACCAUGACCAACAUCUUCAUCACUUCUCUAGCCUGCGCUGACCUCGUCAUGGGACUUUUGGUGGUGCCUCCGGGGGCUACCCUGGUUCUGAGCGGCCACUGGCUGUAUGGCACUACCGUCUGUGAGCUGUGGACCUCGCUGGACGUGCUGUGUGUGACGGCCAGCAUCGAGACCCUGUGUGUCAUUGCAGUGGACCGAUACUUGGCUAUCACGGCCCCGCUGAAGUAUGAGAUGCUGAUGACCAAGAGCCGAGCACGGGGAGUGGUCUGCCUGGUGUGGGCCGUGGCUGCCUUCAUCUCCUUCUUGCCCAUCAUGAACCACUGGUGGCGGGAUGGGGCGGAUGUGGAAGCCCUGCGCUGUUACAAGGAUCCUCUAUGCUGUGACUUUGUCACCAACAUGCCCUAUGCCAUCUUGUCUUCUAUCAUCUCUUUCUACGUGCCUCUGUUGGUCAUGAUUUUUGUCUAUGCCCGGGUCUUUGCCAUCGCUACCAGGCAACUUCAUGUCAUUGAAAAGGACAAGGGGAGGUUCCUUCAGGAUACAUCCAAAGGCUUCCGCCGUAGGAGGCCCUCCCGUCUUCUGAUUGCCAUCAAAGAACACAAAGCCCUGAAGACUUUGGGCAUCAUCAUUGGUGUCUUCACUCUCUGUUGGCUGCCCUUCUUUGUGGCCAACAUCAUCAAGGUCUUUGCAAGAUCCUUCGUCCCUGACCCGCUUUUUCGCUUCUUCAACUGGCUGGGCUAUGUCAACUCAGCUUUCAACCCCAUCAUCUACUGCCGCAGUCCUGACUUCAGGUGUGCCUUCAAAAAACUCUUGUGUUGCCCAAGGAGAUCUGAUUCCCAGCUUCAUGCUUUUUCCAAGGACCUGCAGAGAUGCUUUUGUGCCUUCAGCUCCGGGGAGAGCAAAUCCAUUGCUACAGUUUCCAGAGAGGAGGAAGAGGAGGAGGAGGAAGAAGAGGAGGACUUGGCCACUGGUAGCACUAGCAGUGGCUCCAGUAACAGGACCGAGGAAACAAAGCAUGUGUAUCUGCCCAGCAAUGGGCACAGUUGCACCCAGCGUCCCCUGGGGGAAACCCAGCUCCAAGGCACCCAGAUCACUUUGUGUCCACAGCUGGAAGACUACAGAAUCCCAUCAUCCCCAGCCAGGAGCGACCUGCCUGACCUAAUGCAGUAUAAAUCCGCUCCAUGUUCUGCAUCUGAAGGCAGCUUUCUGACAACCUUUCAUCCUCUCCUCACUGAGCAAAAUUUGUCCUUUCAAGUGUUUUUCAUAUGGUUUGGGUCCCAGCAAGGAUGUUUAUAAAGGGAAUUCAAGUGUGCACAAAUUGUAUCAGUUUUGCAUUUCCUUCUUAAAUGUACAUCUCUGCUCUAUUCAAGGUUGAUGAUGGAUUUUAUUAAAAAUUGUCCAUUUCCCCAGUUCAAGUUUUAUUAAAAGUAUAAUUGUGGUAAAAUUA